AUGAGUUAUGCAGUAUUGGUUAUUAAUGGAUAUAUUCUAAGUAUUGAUCAUAGUGAUUUGAUGAAAACCACCAUACUUCUAAACUUAACUGGGUCAUGUCUCGUUCAACUAGCUGUAUUUGCUUUUCAAGCAUCGGAUAUUAAAUUUCAGAGCUUGUCAGUCAUUGACUCUAUUCACAACUCAGAAUGGUAUUUGUUUAAAGCUCCGCUUAAAAAAGCUUUAACCUUUAUUAUAAUGAAUACGAAAAAGCCUAUUUCGAUCAAUGCUGGAGGACUUUCCAAUGUUGAUAAUGAGGUAUUAGUAAACGUAAGUUAUACUAGAUAA